GCCCUCGGCUCCGGUCGGUGACGCGGGGCUGCGCGCGGCAGCGGCGAUGAAGCGGCGGUUGGAGCUCGAGUCGCGCUUCCCGGCGCAUCCCGACAGCCGGGCCUGGUUCGUGGCCUGGAAUCCGGCCGGGACGCUGCUGGCUUCGUGCGGAGGCGACCGCGCCGUGCGCAUCUGGGCCAGGGAAGGAGCCGCCUGGGUGUGCAAGUGCCUGCUGGAGGAUGGGCACCAGCGCACCGUCCGCAAGGUGUCCUGGUCACCCUGCGGCAACUACCUGGCCUCGGUCAGCUUCGAUGCCACGACCUGCAUCUGGAGGAAGAAAGAGAGCGGAUUUGAGUGCCUGACAACGCUGGAAGGGCAUGAGAACGAAGUGAAGUCUGUUGCCUGGGCUCCGUCUGGCAAUCUCCUGGCAACAUGCAGCCGAGAUAAAAGUGUUUGGGUUUGGGAAGUGGACGAGGAUGAUGAUUAUGAAUGUGUGAGUGUAUUAAAUGCUCAUACGCAAGAUGUCAAGCAUGUGAUCUGGCAUCCAAAUGGAGAGCUCCUGGCUUCUGGAAGUUACGACAACAGCAUUAAACUUUACAAGGAGGAAGAUGAUGACUGGGUCUGUACCAACACCCUGGAAGGCCAUGAGUCCACAGUCUGGAGCAUUGCUUUUGAUAAAACAGGGGACCAUCUCGCAUCUUGUAGUGAUGACAAAACUGUGAAAAUUUGGAAAGCAUACAGAUCUGGUAAUGAACAAGGUGUGGUCUGCGAUGGGUCAGAUCUGUCCUGGAAAUGUGUCUGUACCCUGUCUGGGUUCCACACACGUACUAUCUAUGACAUCUCUUGGUGCCACAUAACAGGUUCUUUAGCAACUGCCUGUGCUGAUGAUGCAAUCAGGAUAUUUGAGGAGGAUCCUGACUCAGAUCCUCACCAGCCAACAUUUUCACUCACUUCACACAUCCCAAAAGCACACACUCAGGACGUCAAUUGUGUGGCAUGGAACCCAAAACAGGCAGGAGUUUUGGCAUCAUGUAGUGAUGACGGGGACAUUAACAUCUGGAGAUACAAGUUUGAUGAUUAGUUCUAUGUGAACAAUUAACAAGUGUGGUGUGCAAUAGCAGCCCAGUUUUAUUAAAUCACCAUGACUACUUCAUGUAACCAUUUUCAAAUUUGCACUAACAAUCUUACUACUUGAUGUUCUAUCUACCAGUAAAUGUUGUACAGGGCUAAAUUGCCAUUAAGUAUAAUUUGCCAAGAAGUACUAUCAGCACUCAUUUAUCUUGCUGUUGAGUUUAGAUCUAUGUGAAAGGAUCUUGCAAAACAUAAUUCUUCUUGUCCAUAACCUAUUACAUGUAAUUAUUUCUUGAUGUUCCAAUAGAUAUAAAACUGAUUCUCCCAUG